AUGAUCUCUCAGAUCACCCCGAGUCUGUACCUGAGUGGAGUGGAGGCCGUGAAUCAGUCAGUGCUGGAGCACAGAGGCAUCACUUUGCUGGUGAACGCCUGUGCUGAAUACCCCUGUCUGGAGUAUCAGGGGGUGAGGUGCGUUUGGGUGCCGGUGGAGGACCGUCCUCACGCCCCUCUGGAACAGCACUUUGACAGCGUGGCUGAGCAGAUCCAGCAGAACCACACUGGAAGCACUCUGGUGUUCUGCUCAGCCGGGAGAAGCAGGUCUCCGUCUCUUAUCAUGGCGUAUCUCAUGCGGUUUGAGGGACUCUCGCUGCUUCAGGCUCAUCAGCGGGUUCUGGCAGCACGGCCCUUCAUUCGACCAAACGCGGGCUUCUGGAGACAACUGCUUCAGUAUGAGAGGAAACUGACCCACAGCAACAGCAUCAGGAUUGUCACAGCAGCGCCAUUUUGGAGAAGUGUAGUGUGCAAGCCAAAGGCAAUUGUGGCAAGGAAUGAAAAACUUGCAAUCAAAGAUGAAAAGCCUUGGGAGAAUCCAGGCUACACCAGGGGGCCAGUUCUCCUCUGA